GAAUUUAUGUUCGACCAAUCAUAAACGUAAAAUUAGUUCAAAGCUCCUCCGUCCAGGGGACGCGUUGACAGUGGAAUACACUCGCUUUAGAGUGCCACCCGGUAUAAAUUCAGGCAUGAGCCAUGAAUUUCGACCAUGACCUACUCAUCUCUGGACAGAUCACGUGUCCAGAAGUAACCUCAAAAAAAAUAUACACUAAUCGUUAUGUGCUAGUUUAUUUAUUAGAGCGAUACAGACAAUUCAUCUUUUUAUUAUUCUAAAAGAAUCGCAAUGAGCUACUUGAUUGCAAUAGCAACGUUUAAUUGCUUUUUAGAUUAUAUUGCUCCGAUAAUUAUUAAAUUUAUAUUGUUUCGACUUUACUCUGGAAGUAAAUGUGAUCGAAUAUUACGUGAUGAUUUGUUGAAUGUGAGACAGGAAAUGUCUGGUAUUUCAAUGGUCGAUGAGUUUUCGAAGUAUGCCAAACUUCAACGCAAAUAUAACAAAUUGGAAACGGAAUUGAAAGAUAAUGUGAAUGCUCGAAUGUCCUCUCGAAUGAAAGCAAGAUUGAUUAUAACUUAUGCCUUUAGUAUUUUCAAUGCACUGGUAACUCUGUUCCUCUUAUACUUGUAUCGCAGCGAACCAGUCGUUAUAUUACCAAAGGGUAUUUUGUGGCCGUUUCAAAGCAUUUUAAGCUGGCCAUGUUCUCAAGAUAAUGCUAUUUCUUUAACAAUCUGGAUUAUGAUUUCAAGAUUAGUUGUAUCCAUUUGUAAAAGGGCAGACGAUUCUUAAUAUUUAAUAUUUUCCACUAAUUAUUUAUAUUAAGGUAAUGUAAAUAUUUAAGAUAUUCAUAGAGAAUAAUUUGUAUCUAAAUUCAUGUCCCAUUCAUUUCUAAUUUGACCAUUGCUCAUACUCUGCAUAACGAUCAAUGUACCACUGAGUAUCCUGAGUAAAAAAAAUUGUAAAUUACAGAAAUCUCAAAGGGAUAGUACAUAAAUGUUCAUAAUCAUUAAACAUUUGAAUAGUAUAUACUCACGUGCAUACAUUACAAUUCAUCUAUUUGCAACCACAUAUGACAAUUAUAUUCUCGAUACAAUACAUAUAACUAUUAACACAGCAAUUGACUUUGAGUUCUCAAAUGUCUCAAAAUCAAAUUUCCUUUCACCAACACUAUUAAAUAAGAUUAAGGCUCAACGAAUAAUAGCAAAAAAGUGGGUGUAUUUCGUAAAAGCAUAAUAAUGAGUAAAAUACAUAAUAUAUACUUGAGAAA